CCUGGCCUCCGAGAUCUGACCGCCCUGAUUGUCGCCUGCUACCACGGCUUUGUGGAUACUGUGGUGGUCUUAGCAGAGUGCCCCCACGUUGAUGUCAACUGGCAGGACAGCGAGGGGAACACGGCCCUCAUCACGGCGGCACAGGCAGGUCACGCCAUCAUCACGAACUACUUGCUGAACUACUUCCCCGGUCUGGACCUUGAAAGGAGGAACGUGUUCGGGUUCACGGCCCUGAUGAAAGCUGCCAUGCAGGGGCGGACAGAGUGCAUCCGGGCCCUGAUGCUCGCAGGGGCGGAUGUGCACGCCAGGGACCCCCGCCGCAGGAUGUCGCCCCAGGAGUGGGCGGCUUACACCGGGCGGCUGGAGGCCGUGCGCCUAAUGCAGAGGCUGCUGGAACGACCCUGCCCGGAGCAGUUUGGGGAAAAGUACAAGCCAGAGCUGCCGCUGAGCCCCGCGGGGGUUCAGAAGUCCACGGACUCCAAAAAUUGUUUGCAGAGGCUGGCUGAGUUUGUGCGGUCCGCACUGCCCUCCCGCUCGCGCCCGGGCAUGGAGGAUGGGGGCGUCCUGGACCACAUGGUCAAGAUGACCACUAGUCUCUACAGCCCCGCCGUGGCCAUCGCCUGCCAGACCGUGUGCCCCGAGAACCUCCCCUGUGUGGGGAAACGGCGGCUGGCGGUGCAAGAAAUCCUGGAAGUUUCUAGGGUCCUGGACACAGGUGCCCAGGAGAGGAGCGAGGAGAGGAGCCUCCCGUCUCCCCGGCGGCCAGUUGGCCCACGGAAGGCCAGCCUCUUUGCUCUGCCACUGCCCAAGCGGAGCAGCGUGCGGCCAGGCGUGGUCAUCCCCAGGGUGCGCAUCAGCAAGGCGCCCGCGCCCACCUUCCAGCCUGAGCGCGUGCCCGCGAAGGGCAGCACCAAGGACAGCACCCACCUGCAGCUCCCCAAGUGGCGGUACAAGGAGGCCAAGGAGGAAAAGAGGAAGGCGGAAGAGGCGGAGAGGCAGCGGGUGGCGGCGGCACAGAAGGAAAGGCGGGUGGUGCCCUGGAGGAAAAGGACGUGAGGGGAACGGCCGGGAUGCUGCACCCAGGUUGCUGCGCCCGGAGCCCGGAGCCCGGAGCCCGGAGCCCUGGCGGAGGCCUGGGAGGCUGCGCGGCUCCGCGCGGGAAAGGAUGCGCCUCCUUCCCGCGCUGCACGUCUCCCUCGGGGACCAGCAUCCUUUGGGGGUCCCAGAAAGCAGUCCAUGUUCACUGCACACGAGAGCGACUUGAGCAUAGCACAGAUCGAUUUGUUAGAACCAGUUCCCCUAGCGGUCAAUGCACCUAGUGGGCCAUUUGCCUAGACGUCUACCUUUAGAACCUCAAUUGAGAAAUUUUUAAGAUCAGUUUAUCAAAGGGCAGUUUCCAUAUAAUUUUGUAUUUUAAUCAUGAUCAAAUGUGCGGUAUUUUACAGGUGAUGGGGCUCUUUGUAUUUAAGACAAUUUUAAUGCAUUUGUCUAAAGACCCUUUGUUUAAAAUACUCUUUCUAGCAAUAAUUAUUUGGCAGAUCUCUAUGAUUUCAGACAGAAUUUGCGAAAUUCUCCCUUUUCGCAGUUUGCUUUGAUCUUGACUUCCCUUUUUCCUUAAAUGGGUACGCAUAGCCCUAUAGGCUCUUAUUAAUUCGAUUAAGUGAUGCCAAAUAUUUGUUUCUAUUUGAUGGAUGCAUUUUUACAGCAAAAUGAUCAAAUGAGACAGAGGAAUCGUAUUUCCUUUGUAUCUUAUUUUUUAAGCUCUCCUAUCCAUACAAUAAUAAUAAUGAAAAAAACCUCAUGUCAAAGUAUGGAACAGUGCCUAGAGAAGCAUGUAUUUAUUGCUAGAACUAAACUCAUUUUAAGCAAGGGAUUUUAGAUAAGCUGGAUACAAAAUCUUUAACAUAUUCAAAAACAGACCUAAGAGGAAACACUAUUUUUAAUAAUAAAAUAGGAGCAAAUCUAACACAUUAUUACUAGAAAUACAAAGUUAA